UCUAAAUUAUAUUAUUUUGUAUUUGUAUAUCACGUAUAGUAGUAGUGAUGUUGAAAUUGAAAUACUAACCUUGUGACCCUGUGAAGGUUUCUACUGAAAAAUUAAACGACCACGCAAAGACAUUGAAUAUAUAAUAAUCUCCAACAUAUUAUAAAUAUAUGAUUUAUACACCUUAACAUGAAACAAACUUUUUUAAAUAAUUAAUUGACAUAGAAAAAAAAUGAUGAUAAAAUGAUUCAAAUUUUAUAGAUACAAGUUGCUGAAGUGUUGUUGGAUAUUAAUUAAAUGCAGACAUGAAUUAUUUCAUUAUGUCAAAAUUAAAUUGCCAAGUAGCUCAAGCAAAAUCACGCGCCAAAAACGCGGUCGUGGACGCAAUCAAAUACAUGGAAAUAUUAAAAUAGAAAUUUGAUAAAAUUAAAAUAUUGCAGUUAUUUAUAAUGUAAACAUUAUAAUAAUAUAAAAACAAUCAUAUCAUAUUGACGUCAUAUUUAUUGUUAUUCUAUCUCAAUGAUGAUUCAACAGAUCAUUCAUAAUUAAAUUAAUUAAAAAAUAUUAAAUGACGUACAGAGGAAAUAAUUAUUUUUACAUUGUUACAUAUAUAAAUUGAUUAGUCAAUCAAUUGAUGGAACGUAAUCGAAUUUGACGUCGUUGGUGGUCCUUCGUCUAAUUAAAAUCUCCUGCAGUGAACAAAAAAGUAAUUGCAACAGUUCGAGGAAGUUGAGAAAAAAAAAUACAAGAUUUAAUUAUCUUUAUUAUUUUACUCCAAAAUGAUAAAUUAAGUAAAAAGAGAUUUGAUGAUUUUUAAAAUCUCUAUUAUAACUGACAAUCGCAAUUUUUGUAAUUUUAUUUUUCUAAUCGAUAUUGAAUUAUAAAAAUGACGGGUUUUUGAAAGCAUUCUCCCAAUCUUUCUUAAGUUUUACUAGGAAUCAAUAUAAUUGCUACCAAGAGCAAACAAAAUUCAAAGGAAGUAAAAAGAAGAAAGAAUCAAAUUAACCUAACCACAACUUCCGUACAUAUGAUCAAUACACGACUUGUCAAGUUUUGAAAUGCGAAUAUAUUUACAGCAAUCAGAGAUUGGAGUAUUUGAAUAAUAUUCUAGGCACGUUAUGACAUUCAUAAUUUUGUUAUUAAUGUAUAUUAUUAUAUUUACAGGCACAUUUGUUUAUGGACAAUAUGGGUAUAAUCUGGUAAAUAAUAAAGAACAGGAAUGAGACGCACUGAUGGCGAAAUCCGGUCAAAGAAGGCGUGGUUGUUUCGUGAAACGUUUCGUCGGAAUGGACGAUAUCGGUAUUCAACAACAACCCGUUCUUCGGGCACCGUAAACAGGAAAAACGAGGCACUGAGUCAUGGAUAUAUACCACGUUGUAUACACUGUCAGACCACUUUGUGUUGGGUUCCAGAAAGUCGUUACUGAUAGCAACUUUAACAAGUUUUAGUGAACUAUAUCUUGUUGAAAAGAGAUAUCAGGAUUCAGAAGAAGAAAAUAAAAAAGGUAUCAUGAUACAACCACUCAUAUGUAGAACAGGAAAUGAAGAAUUAAUUAUAUAUUUGGAUGUGCCAUCAAUUGGAAUCGCAGAAAAGCCGAAGACCGCCUACAAUUUCCUUGUAAACGAUCACAUCGGUCUCUCAAGUUCUCGCGAUUGCAGGAGCACGUUUUAUUCUUACCGAUUAAGUUUCUUCUUGAAUUGGAGACAUUCAGAAUCCUAAUUUCAUCAUGAUUACAGGAGUCUUGCUGAUUAUGUCGACAAAUUUCAAUAAUUCAAGAUGCUGACAGUCAUGUGUCCAAACUGCCGACUCCGAUUUCCUGCACAUGGUUGUUGUAAUCCUAGUUCAAAAAUUGAAGAUUCAACUAUGCAAUCACUAGAUAGUAGUGGAAAUUAUUAUAGCUGUGGUGGUCUGUUAGUACCCCGUGGCUACCAUAGUGGUGGAGGAUGCAUUAUCAACGCUCCAACAAUUAUUCAUGGGCCUGCAAUUAUUCAAUCAAAUGGUCAAAAUGGUACAAACAAAAUAGAAGCACCAUCAGGUAUUUUUAGUACUGAUCAGUUAAUGAAAAAUCAAGAGAAAAAUAUCAUCAAUUUAUCUGGUUUACGAUCAAGUCCAGAAUGUCAAAUUAAUAAGACUUGUGAUCUUGCUGGUAGUACUAUGACAAUUACAACACCUAAAAUUCAAUCAGGAGGUUGUUUAAUUCAAAGUACAGAUUCUGAAACUUUCCUUCAAAGUCCAAGAAUUGAAAUCAGGCCUAAGUUAUCAGGAGGUGGUUGUUUAGUACAAAAAAGGCUGUCUACCGAAGAUUCUCCAAGUCAAGUUAUUUUUACUGAUAAUGGAUGUGUAGACACUUUAUCUGACAUUAAAUAUUUUGAAGAUAGUUCAUUUACGGAAGAUAAAUUGGAAGAUUUGAUAUUACCACCGAGUGGUUGUCAAGAAUUACCUGGAAUCCGACGUAAUUCAAGUACCAAGUCACCAGUUAAUGAUUUAUCGUCUGCUCCUCAAGAUAAAAAUUCAACUGCGAACUCUAACCAUCAUAAACUUUCUUCUGGAUGUUGUUGCAGUUCAAAAUUAAAUUCUUGUCAUGGUAAUUUACCAACUAACCCAUGUCAAACAUCAACAUCCGUUGUAAAUGGCGUGGAAGCCCGUAAAUCUUCAAGCACUGAUGAUCCAGGAGCCGUCCAAAUCCAAGUGAAUGCAACCAUUCAAUUACCACCGAACGUUGGACAAUGUACCGUAAAUAUUACAGCCAUGACGAGUCCAAAUAUUGCAGAUGGAGGAGUCAAUGGAGCUGUUAGGAGCAAAAAUAAUUUUAACGGUGGAGGUUUAGUGCAAAUGGAUAAUAAUCCGACAGUUCUUGGAGAAAACGAGAGAAGAGAAGACGCCCCAACAACUCCAGUCUCUUGGUUAAUGCCAUUCCCAUGGGGAUUUGACACCUAUCCUCAAGAUAAAGAUUUGGUUAAGUUGGCAGAGAUCAAGAGACUAUUACACACUAGUGGGUGGUACCACGAAGGACUUAGCUGGCAACAGAGUGAAAAUCUUCUUAAAAAUGUUCCUAUUGGACGAUGGUUAAUGCGAGACAGUUCUGAUAGUCGAUAUACCUUUGCAAUCUCAGUUCAAACUAAUCGUGGUCCUACUUCUGUUCGAGUUCAUUAUUUUUUUGGACAAUUUCGACUUGAUGCUGAACCAAGACUUGUUCUUGCCAUGCCUUUAUUUGAUUGUCCGAUAAAAAUGCUUGAACAUUAUGUCGAAUACUCGAGAAUAGAAGAGAAUAGACGAGAAGUUUGGGUAGAUUACAGUGGACAACUUUACAGUCAAAUUUAUUUAACUAAGCCACUUAUUAAACAAGUUAGAUCUUUAUCACAUCUCGCUAGACUUGUUGUUAAUAAAAAUAAACUUAACACUGACCACCUUCCUUUACCAAUCAAAAAUUAUCUUGCUGAAUAUCCUUAUUCAUUUUAAAAAGUUUAUAAAAAAACUAAAUAAAAUUAAGUAGAUAAAUUAAUAAAUAAUCAUUAAAAAAAAAUAAUUUGCAUCUUCCAAAUGUUUUAAAAUUAUUUAUUUCUAUAUUGAUAAUCAUUUGUGAAAACAUCUAUCUUAAGUCUAGGGUUGUCAAUAAAAAUAAUAAACUCAAUUAUCUUAAAAAUAAAAAAUUUUCAUUAAACAAAUGUGUAAUAAAUUUUAAAAAGUUUUUUUUUUGUUCCAUUGCAAUUGUAAUUUAAAAAAUAACAGUCAUGAUUUUAUGACCAAAGAAAAUUAUUAAAAUGAAAGUGAUAAACAAAUGUGGAUAAGUAAUCAGAAAAAAAAUCAUUAUAAAAUGUGCUAAAAAUCCUCGACUUAGUAAUGAUAUUCAAUUAAAGAUAUUUUGUUUUAUUUAUUUAUCUGUGUGUAUGUUGAUAAAUGAAUUUAACUUUUUGUAGUCAAAACAGCAUAAUAUUUGCAAUCUAAGAUAGUAAAUGAACUGGAAAAAGAAAAAAAAAACAUUCAUAAAAUCGAGCCUCAAUUUAAAAUAAAAAUAACAACUAAUAUGAUGAAAAUUAUCAAUGGUAUUUAAUUAUUGAUCGACGCUUCAAAAAAAAUAUAAUAAAAUUUAUUUGGGUACCUUAUACAUACCCUGAAAUGACUUACUAAUUGUUAGACAAAUUCAACUUGAUUUAAGUGGUAUUUCUAUGUUAAAUUUAUCAAGUAAAUUUUUGUCUUAAUUAGUCAAUUAUAUAAAUCAAGUAUUUAAUAUAUAUAUAUAUAUAUAAUAUUAAAAAUAAUAAUAUUAAUAAUUUAGACUUUGUGCCUUGAUGGAUUUGUCAUAACUCUAAAAUAAAAUAAAAAGACAGCUGUACAAGAAUGAGUCAAAAUGUACAUUAGCUAAGAAGUUAUUACAUACAUAAGUCAAGCACGUGCCUGAGAUUGGAAUAUCUAGAUCGUGCACUGUCGUAUUACAGAUAUUAAAAUGUUAUGCCGUUGAAAGAUAAGUAAUCAUGUGCUUGAGAGUAAAGGCGUGGUCACUUAUAUGUUCAAUUUCAACGACAACGAGGAUUGUAUACGAAACAAUUAGUAAAAUAAAUCUCUAAAAUAUAUAUAUAUAUAUGAAUAUACAUAUAUAUUUUUGUCUUCUAUGAGUGUAUGAUAUACUUAAUGCCUCGAUUUACAUUUUAUUGUUAUGAGCGUCAAGAUCAUAAUUUAUGAUAUCAAGUAUCUCUACAUUAGAGAAGUGAUGACAUUGAUGUUAUGUGUAACAUGAAUUUGUUGCAAACAUCUUGCAAUGUUUAUUUAAUGAAUUGUGUGUAUGUAUGUAUACUUUUUAUCGUAGAAAAUUUGUGAUGAAUAUUAUUAAAAAUUGUGAAAUAAUAAUAAUUUUUUCUCAAAAAAAAAUAUUGCAGCAGCUCAGUAUACAUAUUCUAUGACUCUUAAAAAUAUUUUAAGAGUAUUCAUUUUUCCCUAUUGGCUUAUUAAGAAUUGAGCCAUACCAAGCUUUUAUUACUGCCAUUUUAAUAAAAUGAUAAGGUUUUUUUUACGUAAUUUAUUAUAGUCAAUUGUGACAAAUAUUAUUUAUGUAAACGAAUUUUUUGGAACAAAUUAAUCCAAAAAAGUGAAAUGAUUUUGU